AUGUUUAGCCGUCAUCAGAUUGCGGUGUCCCGUCCUCUCCCUGCAGAGAUGACCUUUGUUUGCCUUGGCAAAUUGCCAUGGCCUCGCCGCGAUCGGUCAGAUGUCGUGAACGUUCGCACAGGCUCUGUCAUCUUUGACGGGCUUGCGUCCGGAAUCAAUAAGGCGGUCUCGACUGUUGGCUGGCUGACUACAACUACUCUUGCGUUAUUUGUCGGGAAUGGUGUGGUCAAGGCGGUGGUCCUAAGUCAGGUCAGGAGGACGGCUGUAGACAAAGAAGUUGUCUCCCUUCUGGCCUGUGCUGUUCGUAUGGUGAGAAAGAAAGCAAAGGCCGAGGGUCCCGGCACGGCUCUCGGCACCGCUCCCAAGACUCCCAGAGCUGUCAAGAGAGCCGCUCCCCUUAAAUACCCCACUAGGCUAACAGACAGUCCACCUCCUCUUUCGACUAAGAGGGUCAAACGAGCAUCGGAACGGAAGCCCAACCUGAUCCUAGAGCCUCACCAAGCCGCCCCCAAAGGGCCAGACAUUGCUGGCGAUAUGGCUAGUGAUCACGAAGACGCCGCUCUACAACGCAGCCAGAGCCCUCAACACGAAGCCGAUAUGGCUGUUGUCGACUCGGCCGAUCCGGGCGGAAACCACAAAGGCACUGCGGACAUCGACAUGGCCAGCAACCGCGAAGGCAUUGCUCUCCAAGGUGGCUUGAACCCUGGCUACGAGGAUGGCAUGUCCAAAGAAAGCGUCCCACCCACGAUCGAUGACUAUGAGCAGCUCCUUGGAACUGUACUCCCUCUAUGGCCUUUCACUUGUCCCAAAGAGGUGGAUUCAUCCGCCUUUACGACCGAUGAGUAUGACCGCUUGAAGGUCGUCACCGACGUAAUAGAGGACCUCUCCUUUGACGCCGUAUCUGACCUGGUUGGGGACGUUGAGGGCCAAAUUUCAUUACACCUCAAUUCUUGCACAGCUAUCCCUUGGGACAAGUUGGCUGUUGAUGCUCAACGCGAGCUCGAAGCUCUGGGGAACAACAUCAAGAGCUACGCCAACUCUAUAUACCCGCAACACAAGCAAAUUGUCCUCCAAGCAUUGACGUGGCAUAUCCUAAUUGACAACCUCUUCUCCCCUGACUGCACUGAAAAGUGGCAUGGCGAGGCUUGGAAGAGCUUUGGGACUCUGCAGUCCCAUUUUCGAGAACGCCUUAAGGAUCCCAGCAGUAAUUAUGCUAAUUGGUUUUAUUCUUGGAAAUCUGAGUCGGCCCGCAUGACAUAUGCGCUAAACGGCAACAGCUCCGACCCCAAACGCAUUAAGAACAUCUUGACAGAGCGGCUGGGCCGGUUCAUGACAAUCUCGCCUCAGGCAAGCGAGAUAUUGGACUGUAUGGCCGAUACGGCCACCGAAAUAGAAGUGAGGAUACAGACGUCACCCUGGCGCUACGAGCUCGAUAUGCAUCACCCCGAUACACUCGAGCACUCAGGGUUCGCAUAUAUAGAGGAUCAUCCUCUAAUGGAGGCCAUGGAUCCAUACCGUCCCCCGAGCCAUGGGGCCCCGAUCGACAUCAUCUGUGCUCCGUCACUUCAAGAAUACGGCUGUUCAGAAAAUCCUUUUGUGAAUGGGUUUGUCUUAAAGCGUUCCAAAUUUGACACGUCGACUCGAUGGCGGCCCUUGAAGGUCGACACUUUGAAGAAUGUCAAAUGUUGA